UCGGUGCACUGCUGCAGCUGUCCAUGGUUGUGUAGUGGAAGAGGCAGAGAGAGGGUUACGGGUACGUUCGGGAUGCGCUCAUAGUCACGCUAUACACUGACUGCAAAUAUUACAACCCGCCACCGGAGUCCUUCGUUCGUUUCACAGCAGUACGAAGGAGCGACUGACAGGAAGAUAAGGCACCAUGGCUGAGCACCAGAGGCAGCGCAGUCUGUCCACCGCUGGUGAGUCCCUUUACCUCGUGUUGGGAGUUGAGAAGGUGGCCACAACGGAUGACAUCAAGAGAUCUUACAGGAAGCUGGCAUUGAAGUUCCACCCUGACAAGAAUCCUGACAAUCCAGAAGCGGUGGAUAAAUUCAAGGAGAUUAACAAUGCCCACGCCAUUCUGAAUGACCCCACAAAGCGAAAUAUUUACGAUAAAUAUGGCUCUCUGGGGCUGUACGUUGCCGAGCAGUUUGGAGAAGAGAAUGUGAACACUUACUUUGUCCUCUCAAGCUGGUGGGCAAAGGCUCUGUUUGUAUUCUGUGGCCUGGCUACUGGCUGCUACUUCUGUUGCUGCCUGUGCUGCUGCUGUAACUGCUGCUGUGGAAAGUGUAAACCCCGGCCUCGGGAGGGACAGGACCAGGAGUUUUACGUGUCCCCCGAGGACCUGGAGGCUCAGCUGCAGUCUGAUGAGCGAGAGGCUGGUGGUGACCCCAUUGUGCUGCAACCGUCAGCAACAGAGACGACCCAGUUAACAUCGGAUGGGCACUACUCCUACCACACUGACACCGGCUUCAACUAAGCGUCUGUCCUCAUCAGUCCUGGCCUGUGGUCCUGCCUGCUUUCCCUGCUCCACCACAGUGAGACAAAAGAAAGGGGCAAAUCCAUCUUUCCACUUCAGAAAAAGGAGCCAUGUAGAGGAGAGGGACUAAUAAGCAUGGCCCAUGAAAGGAACUAAUGAAGUCACAUCCCUUACACUCCUCCCUGAUUAGUCCCCUUAACUUAUUUAUCCCCCCUCUCCCCCCUGCGCGCUAUGAUAAGAAUAAAGAAACAACCAAAUUGUUUCUUUUAUAAUUUCUUCUUUUGUAUUUCUUGGCCUUGAACCACACAGGUCACCCGCCCCACUUUCUCUCUCUCUCUCUCUCCCAUACCUUGCAUCACGGUGUAGCAUGCACUGUUUGUAAAACAUGGUCUCCAAAUGUCCAUUCAUCGUUUGCGACAGUUUUACUUUGCAAAGCUCAUAACGUAGGUUCGUACAUAAUGUGCAAUAUGUUCAUGUGAGUACAGAUCACGUGGAGGAGGCAGUAACGUUUAUGUGAUGUUUUACAGUAAAAGGAAAGGAGAGCCAUGGUUCAGGGAGCUGCUGGUCGAAGUGACGUGUUUGUUGUUGGGUUAAGUGGUGUCGUCAGAAACAGAGUUGUCAUAUAUUAUUACAAAUCUUCAUCUCUGAUUUACAGUGAGUGAUGUUGUCCUUAAAAUGAGUAUGCUUCCUGCCAUCGUCAGAAUCCCCAGUUUGUCUUUGUUUAUUCUUCGUUUGCUUCUCCCUUCUCUUGUGAACUGUGAGGUUUUUAAGGCACAGAGCUUUAUUUGCGGACAUUAUUAGUGUUGCUGACAGAGCACUUAUACUUUUAUUAUUCAUCAGUAUUGGUGUCUCUAUCACAGGCCACACAGCUUUAUCUCCGCCCGUCCUUGCAGGAUAUUUAUAUCAUUAAACUUUUCUAUUGAUUCAUAAUUAAUUUAUUGUUUCAUAUUAAUUGUUAUAUCAUUCAUUACGUGUGAUUUGCAAAUGUUGCCAUUGGAUUCAUAAUUUAUGAGCUUUUAAAUGCAUCUCAUACAAAAUAUUGACAAUGGACAUUUUAAUUUAUUUAUUUUUUCUCAGUUGUUGGAAUCAUAUGCUGAGCUGGUACUGCCUUUUCUUUUUACGUCAUUUUUUUUUGUUUCUAAUAAUGGCAACACUGUUUUUGGAGACGUUACAAUUCACUGAGACGGAUUGACAUUCAUUUCAUCUAAUCAUUUGCAAUUAUUGUAUUUACUCAGAUUUUAGGAGCCUACGUUAAUCCAGCUGAUUGAUCAGAGCUGUUAAAAGUCAGAAGUAACAGAUCUGUGUCAGCAGCAGACCUGCAUUAGUGAGGGUGAUGUGGUUUUACUCGGAGCUGUCGGGAAAAUAUUAUAUACGUAGUAAAUGUGAUGAUGUGUGAGGGGAGGGAAAAAAAAGAUGAUGCAGAGUUAUUUUGAGAAAUAAAGACUAUAGAAUAUUCAUAUUGGGAUAUUUUGGGUGGGGAGAAAUAUUCAUGUGUUCUGAACUUAAGUCCGACGACUGACAUUUUGUCCGAUGCUGUGAUUUUUUUCUUUUACCCACGCUGAGUAAGAACCUGUGAGCCAGUGCUUUCAGCAGCUCUGAGUAAUACCACUGUUUCAUACUAUAGUACAGUACAUUUGCAACUUUCCCCAAAUUUCCAUUAGCAUCUUUUGUCAGUGUCAUCACUGCUAACAAUGUGUUUCAAUGGUUUACAGUUGGUGAGGUCCAGUUACCCACCCCCACCCACUAUUAACAGUAUGGAUGUUGACCUCUGUGACCCUUGUAUGAUGUUUCGUGUAACCCUUGAUGAAACAUAGAUGUUCCCGUCAUGGCUUUUUCAUUGAAAUACUGAAAAAUGCUCCUGUACAUGUUUGAAGUUGAAUGCACUGUGUGUUUAAAAAAAAAAAGAAGAAAAUUAAUAUGGAUCAACGAUCAGGAAAUGACUCCAUAAAAAGACAAGAUAGUAUAAAGUGUAAUUAUAGUGAAAUGGUUAUAUAAUGCAUCGAUUUGGAUUUCAUUCUUUUCAUACUUUUCAUGUCUCAAAUAAUGAUUGGCUUUAAUUUUUACUGGUAUGGUGUUGUAAAGUAACCAUUACAUUUUUGCAAGGGAUGGUUCAAUGGUUGAGGUCGCUCGUACAGUACGUCCAUUUGGCCCAUAUAAAGUAUAAACCUUAACGUUUAUGUUGUAGCAUGGUAACUGUGUGUCUGGAAGAAAACAAGUGGAUCAUUGAUCUGAUUUGCUGUUGUUGAAUAAAUGUUCAUGAACAUUU